AUGCGGAAGGGUGAGUUUGAGUUUACGACGCUGGAACGCUGGGAGGAUGAGUACGACUUCCACUGUAAGCUGACCAGCAUCCCGUUCUUCACCCUCUUCAAAAAGUGGAAGCCGUUCAGUGUAUGGCGCAUCAAAGUUCGUGCUAAGAAAGUCCAAUUAGCCAGAGAGUUCCUCCAAAACCAUCUGUUUAUGGUCAGACCGGUAUAUUUGUCGUUUUUCCGAGAAACUCUGGAGUUGUACCACAGUGAGCAUAAGAGAGCCUUAGCUGUUCAGGAGAAGAGGGAUCUUGGCUUACUGCUUGUGGACAAAACCCAGCUCAAAGAAAAGCUUGUGUCUUUUCCCCUCCGUUGUCUGGAGGUCAUCAAUGAGAUGCUUACACAGCAGGCUAGGAGAAAGUUAGAUGUCCUCCUGGCUGAGGUGUGUGAGGCCCAGUUUAAACUGGAUUUCCAUCCAUCCACAACGGAUGAGAUGGCCAACAGUCUCACUUUCUUGGACCAGAUCCAGGAGAGGAGCACGCUGAAGCAGCUGGACCUGGAGCAGUUCAGCUCUCAGGUUAGCAUUUACAGCAAGAAUGUCAGCCAACUGGAGAAGGGCCUGCCUCCCAACAAUUUAGUGCCACGUUUAAAAGACAAGGUGGAAGUCAUGAGGCAGAGGCUACCCGUUAUCUCUGAACUGCGUAACCCGUCUUUGAAACCGGAGCAUUGGAGGUCCUUGGAGUCUUAUGUGGGCACUCCAUUGAACGUUGACCUAACUGUGGCUGCCCUGGAAGAGCUCAAUGUUUUCUCACAUGGGAUGGAGAUACAGGAGGUGGAAGAUGUGUGGAAAACCACAGAGUUCACGGUUCUGUCUCAUGGUGACUCCAAAGAAGUCUUUAUCUUGGGAGGUACUGAUGACAUACAGGUGCUCCUGGAUGACAGCAUUAUCAGUGUGGGAACAGUGGCCUCUUCACGCUAUGCAGCUCCCAUCAAGUUCAGGGUGGAAAAACUGCAAAGACAGCUAGCCCUCUUUCAUCAGACACUGCUUUUGGAGACUUUUAAGCACAACAACAGUCUGUUGGAUGAGAUACAAAAGUGCCUUGAAGCUUACUUGGAGUCCAAGAGAGUCAUCUUCCCCAGAUUUUACUUCCUGUCCAACGACGAGCUGCUGAAGAUAUUGGCUCAGACACGGAACCCACAGGCGGUUCAGCCCCACCUCAGGAAGUGUUUUGAUGCCAUUACACGACUAGAGUUCGCUUUGCUGUCUGCACAAUCUCCUGGUGCAACAGGAAUGGUGGAGGAGGCCAUGCACAGCAAAGACAUCCUUAAUAUGGUAUCCCCGGAGGGAGAGAAGGUUCGUUUGACCGAAGGUCUUAAGGCUCAGGGAAAUGUGGAAGAUUGGCUUUGCAGGGUUGAGGAGGCUAUGUACUCCUCACUGAGACGCCUGAGCAAAGCUGCAAUAGCGGACUACCAGGGGAAGUCCCGGGAGGACUGGGUGGUGGCCGGACAUCCAUCACAGGUGGUGCUGACCGUCUCACAGAUGAUGUGGUGCAGGGACAUGGACGCCUGCCUGGAGGGGGACCACGACCACUUUGCUGCUUUGCAGGAGUUUGAACUCACUAGCUUUGCUAGGCUGAACACUUUAGCAGCAUUAGUACGAGGACAGCUUCCUGCUUUACACCGUAACAUCAUCACAGCCCUCAUCACAAUCGAUGUCCAUGCGAGGGACAUUGUCACAGAUCUAAUCCAACAGAAGGUUGAUUCCAGAUCCAGCUUUGAGUGGCAGAGACAGCUACGCUACUACUGGGAUCUGGACCUGGACAACUGUGUGGCCACAAUGGCUCUGUCCACUCACACUUAUGGUUACGAGUAUCUGGGAGCCUGUCCGCGACUGGACCGUUGCUACCUGUGUCUGAUGGGAGCUCUCCAGCUGGAUUUGGGAGGGGCUCCUGCUGGGCCGGCUGGAACUGGGAAAACAGAGACCACCAAAGACUUGGCCAAAGCUCUGGCCAUUCAGUGUGUGGUCUUUAACUGCUCCGAUGGGCUUGACUACAAGAUGAUGGGGCGCUUCUUCAGUGGACUCGCUCAGUCAGGAGCCUGGUGCUGUUUUGAUGAAUUUAACAGAAUCGACAUUGAAGUUUUAUCUGUCAUCGCCCAGCAGCUCAUAACCAUAAGAAAUGCUAAAGCUGCUAAGCUAAAGAGGUUUCAGUUUGAGGGCCGUGAGAUCAAACUGGUAAAGACUUGUGCUGCUUUCAUCACCAUGAAUCCUGGAUACGCCGGCAGAACGGAGCUGCCAGACAACCUCCAGGCUCUCUUCAGACCGAUAGCCAUGAUGGUGCCCAACUAUGCCCUCAUAGCCGAGGUGAUUUUGUACUCGGAGGGAUUUGAGUCCAGCAAGACCCUGGCGAGGAAGAUGACCCAAAUGUACAAACUGUGCUCGGAGCAGUUGUCCCAGCAGGACCACUAUGACUUCGGCAUGAGGGCGGUGAAGUCUGUCCUGGUCAUGGCGGGGUCGCUGAAGAGAGAUAAUCCCCACCUCAGCGAGGACGUGGUUCUGAUCAGAGCUCUACGGGAUUCAAACUUACCAAAGUUUCUCACUGAUGAUGCUCUGCUGUUUAGCGGUAUCCUGUCAGACCUGUUUCCUGGUGUGUGUAUCCCUGAUCAUGACUACGGUGUUUUCCACUCCACUAUCCUGGAGUCUCUGGCUAAGCGAAACCUCCAGCCACUGCCUAGCAUGGCCAAAAAGGUAAUCCAGCUCUAUGAGACCAUGUUAGUCCGGCAUGGUGUCAUGUUGGUGGGACCCACAGGUGGUGGGAAGACCACUGUCUACACUAUCCUAGCAGACACCCUGGAGACCCUCCAUCAGAGUGGGCACCAGACUGACAACCCCUUUUAUAAGCCAGUCCAGAUCCAUGUGCUGAACCCAAAAUCCGUCUCAAUGGGAGAACUCUACGGAGAGGUUAACAGUUUAACUCUGGAGUGGCGUGAUGGACUCAUGGCUCUGACUGUCCGUGGUGCAGUUAGUGACCCCAGUGAAAGCCAUAAGUGGGUGAUCUGUGAUGGGCCCGUAGACGCCCUCUGGAUAGAAAACAUGAACACUGUGCUGGACGACAACAAGAUGCUGUGUUUGGCCAACAGCGAGCGCAUCAAACUCACUCCAUCUCUCCAUAUGAUGUUUGAGUUUCCUGAGUCAGUGCGCGCAUACCUGCUGCAGCUGUUUGAGCAGUAUGUGGAGAAAGGUCUGCAAUUUGUGCUGAAGAACUGUACUCAGGCCAUUCGCCAGGUGGACAUCAGUAAAGUCUCCACUCUGUGCUCCCUGCUGCAGGCUCUGCUGCUGGGCAGAGAAGGGCCACCCCUUAGUGUGAAAAACCCAGAGCUGCUCAAUGAUGUCCUUUGUCAGACCUUUAUAUUCUGCUACCUUUGGGCAGUCGGUGGCAACCUGAUCAGUUCUGACUGGGAUGUUUUUGACGCUUUCAUCAGAGACCAGUUUGAAGACAACGAUAAUGCAAAGCUCCCAAAAUGUGGAUCUCUGUGGAAUCUCUAUAUGAACUUCAACGAGGAGCGUUUGGAGCCCUGGGAGAAGAUAAUACCUUCAUUUAUUUACAACAGGAAACAGCCUUUCUUUGAAACGCUGGUCCCUACCAUAGACACUGUUCGCUAUGGCUACCUGAUGGAGAAUCUGCUGUCUGUGCAGCGUCCUGUACUUUUCACCGGUGACACUGGAGUGGGGAAGUCUGUGGUGGCUCGAGGCCUGCUCAACAGCAUCCAGGAAAAUGCAGGAUACCUUCUAGUCUUCAUCAACUUCUCAGCUCAGACCUCCUCUGCUCGCACACAGGAGAUCAUUGAGUCCAAGCUGGAGAAGAGGAGAAAAAACAUUUUGGGUCCUCCUGCUAACAAGAAGUUGGUGGUCUUUGUGGAUGACCUGAACAUGCCCAAGUUGGACCGUUACGGCUCUCAGCCUCCUAUAGAGCUGUUGCGUCAGUUCCAGGAUUUCUCUGGAUUUUAUGACAGAAACAAGUUCUUCUGGAAGGAGGUCCAGGAAAUGACAAUUGCAGCAGCGUGUGCUCCUCCAGGAGGGGGCCGCAACCCCGUCUCCCCCCGAUUAAUUCGCCACUUCAGCAUGCUGUGCCUGCCGACACCUUCAGAGCAGAGCCUGAAGCAGAUCUUUAGAGCCAUUCUGAGCGGUUUCCUGAGUGAUUUUUGUCAGGAAGUGAGAGACUGUGCUCUACGGAUUGUGGAUGCUGCUGUGGAGAUUUAUAAACGUCUGAGUGUGGAUCUGCUACCGACCCCAGCUAAGUCCCACUACGUCUUCAAUCUCAGGGACCUCUCCAAAUGUGUCCAAGGCAUGCUGCAGUGUGAGGCAAGUCAAGUAAGAAACAAGACUCAAGUCUUCCGUCUCUUCUGCCAUGAAUGUCUGCGGGUCUUUCACGACCGACUUAUCAACACUCAGGAUAAGACCUUUUUCAACACAAUCAUCUGUGAGAUGGCUAGCAAAUAUUUUGAUAUGAACUUAGAGCCCUCAGACUUUGUGACACAACCCAUAAUUUUUGGGGACUUCAUUAAGGUUGGUUGUGAGAGAGAAAACCGUCUGUAUGAGGAACUGACAGACAUGAAUAAGAUCCAAGCUGUCCUUCAGGAAUAUCUCAAUGAUUACAACAUGACCUUCUCCAAAGAUAUGAAGCUGGUUUUCUUCCAGGACGCCAUUGAACACGUCUCUAGAAUUGCCCGUAUGAUUCGCCAGGAGAGAGGCCAUGCUCUGCUGGUGGGGGUGGGAGGUACCGGUAAGCAGUCCCUCACUCGUUUAGCUUCUCACAUGUGCGGCUACCGCUGCUUUGAGGUCGAGCUGAGCCGAGGCUACAACUACGACACCUUUCAUGAAGACUUAAGGAGGCUUUACAAGAUGGCGGGUGUGGAGGGAAAAGAUAUGGUGUUUCUCUUUACAGACAAUCAGAUUAUAGUAGAAGAGUUUUUGGAGGAUAUCAACAACAUCUUGAACUCUGGCGAAGUGCCGAGCCUUUUUGAAAAAGAAGAGCUGGAGCAAGUUCUGGCUGCCACUCGCCCUAAAGCCAGAGAGGCUGGAAUCAGUGAGGAGAACAGAGAUGAGGUGUUCCAGUAUUUUAUUGCUCGUGUUCGUGAGAGGCUGCACAUCGUUCUGUGCAUGAGCCCUGUGGGCGAUGCCUUCAGGUCUCGCUGUCGCAUGUUUCCGUCCCUGGUCAACUGCUGCACCAUCGACUGGUUUGUGCAGUGGCCUCGGGAAGCACUGCUCUCUGUCUCUCAGGCAUUCUUCCAGGAUGUGGAUUUUGGCAGAGAGGAGCUGAAGCAGAGGGUCUCAGCCAUGUGUGUGGAGACACAUUUGAGUGUCACUAAUAUGGCAGAACACUUCUACUUAGAGCUGAAACGCCGGUAUUACACCACGCCCGCGUCCUAUCUGGAGCUCAUUAACCUCUACCUGAGCAUGCUUGAGAAAAAGAGAGAGCAGUUAAUUCAGGCCAGGGACCGGGUGAAGAAUGGCCUGACCAAGCUGCUGCAGACCAAUGAACUUGUGGACAAAAUGAAAGAGGACCUGUCUGCUUUGGAGCCGAUUCUAAAACAGAAAUCCGCUGACGUUGAUGCCCUAAUGGAGGAGCUGACUGGUGAUCGGGAGAGGGCUGAUGAGGUGCGUAAAGUGGUGAAAGAGGACGAGGCUUUGGCCAAAGUGAAGGCUGAGGACACCCAGGCCAUUGCGGAUGACGCCCAGCGGGACCUGGAUGAGGCUCUUCCAGCCCUGGAGGGUGCCAACAAAGCCCUGAGUUCUCUGGACAAGGGGGACAUCUCUGAAAUCAAGGUGUUCACCAAACCCCCGGAGCUGGUCACGACUGUCAUGGAAGCUGUGUGCAUCCUGCUCAACUGCAAACCGGACUGGCUAAGUGCCAAGCAAUUACUGGGAGAUGCCAAUUUCCUCAGGCGCCUCACAGAAUACGACAAGGACAACAUCAAACCCCAGAUCCUCACAAAACUGCAAAAAUAUAUCAGCAACCCUGACUUCAUACCUGAAAAGGUGGAGAAGGUAUCCAAGGCCUGCAAAUCGAUGUGCAUGUGGGUCAGAGCUAUUGAUCUGUACACCAGAGUCCUCAAAGAUGUUGGGCCAAAAAGAGAAAAACUGUCCAGAGCUCAGGAAGAUCUGGAUCUCACCAUGGCAACCCUGGAGAAGAAACAGCAAAAGCUUCAGGAGGUGGAGGGCCAGAUCCGGGUCUUAGAGGAGCAGUUUGAUAGCAGCAUAACCGAGAAGGAAGAACUGGUGAAUUCGAUGGCUCUGACUCAGGCCCGGUUGACGAGGGCAGGGAAGCUAACGUCCGCUCUGGGGGACGAGCAAACGCGAUGGGAAGGAAGUGUAGCCCUGUUUGAGCAAGAGAUUAUCAACGUUAUAGGAAAUGUCUUCAUUGCUGCUGCCUGUGUGGCCUACCAUGGAGCCUUCACCUCUAAUUACAGACAGCUGCUAACCGACCAGUGGAUAACACAGUGUCAGCAAAUGAAGAUCCCCAUUAGCUCCAACUUCAGCCUCAUCAGCAUCCUGGGCGAUCCAUACAUCAUCCACCAGUGGAACACAGAGGGCCUGCCCCGGGACACAGUUUCCACAGAGAACGGGAUCCUGGUGACCGAGUGCCGCCGCUGGCCUCUUAUGAUUGACCCACAGGAUCAGGCCACCCGGUGGAUCCGCUCCAAAGAGGCUAAGAAUGGACUGAAGGUGAUAAAGCUCACUGACAAAAACUUCCUUUGUACUCUGGAGAAUGCAGUACGCAUGGGCAUGCCGGUGCUGCUGGAGGAGCUGAAGGAGACCUUGGAUGCUUCCCUGGAGCCCCUCCUCCUAAAGCAGACGUUUGUGGCUGAUGGACGGACAUUGAUCCGCCUCGGAGACUCUGACAUAGACUAUAACAAAAACUUCAGAUUUUACAUGACCACAAAGAUGGCUAACCCACACUACCUACCAGAGCUGAAGGAUAUCGAAAACCGCAUCCUUAAGCUUCUCUUCACCUCAGAGGGGAACAUACUUGACAAUGAGGAAUUAGUUCAGACCCUUCAGGAAUCAACGAUUACUUCAGAAGCCAUAAAGCAUCGUCUGGAGGAAGCAGAGGCCACAGAACUGAUGAUAAACUCAGCCAGAGAGCGCUACAGACCUGUGGCCACCCGGGGCUCCGUCCUGUACUUUGUCAUUGCCAGUCUCUCUGAGAUCGAUCCCAUGUAUCAGUUCUCCCUUAAGUACUUUAAACAGCUUUUUAAUUCUACUCUUGAGACAUCAGAACAGAGUGAUGUCUUAGAGGAGCGUCUUCAGGUCCUUCUCCACCAGAUCUUGCUCAACUCCUACAUCAGUGUUUCACGAGGCCUUUUUGAGAAACACAAACUUGUUUACAGCUUUCUGCUGUGCGUAGAGAUCAUGAAGCAGCGUGGAGAAAUCUCAGACGGGGAGUGGCAGUACUUCCUCCGGGGGGCUUCUUCUUUGGAAAAGGACUAUGCAGAUAGGCCAGAUGUGCCAUGGCUAAGUGAUUUUUACUGGCAGAGGUGCUGUGAACUAGAAGACACACUGGCUUGCUUCAAGGGCAUCUCAAAAGAAAUCAUCAGAACCCAUAUCCAUAUCAGUCUGGGCUGUUUUCAAGCAUCUGUUAAUCCUGAAAUCUGGGAAGGCUAUGUGUCAGAUUUGCCACUCUGUGAGUCCAAAAAGAAGAGCCACCGGAUAAAAGGCUGCUGGAAUGAGAGGUUGGGGGCCUUCCAAAAGCUUAUUCUUAUCAAAAGCUUCAUGGAGGAGAAGGUGGUGUUAGCAACUACUGAGUUUGUGAUUGUCAUCUUGGGAAAGCAGUUUGUGGAACCCCCCCCGGUUGACCUCUCUAACAUUUACAACGACAUUUCCCCCUCCAUCCCACUCGUUUUUAUCCUCAGCACUGGAUCCGACCCCCUGGGGGCCUUCCAGCGCUUUGCUAACGAGAGAGGAUGUCUUGACAGGGUGCAGUCCAUCUCUCUGGGUCAGGGUCAAGGGCCUAUUGCAGAGAAGAUGAUAAAAGCAGCAAUGGAGAACGGUGACUGGGUCUUCCUCCAGAACUGCCAUCUGGCUGUGUCCUGGAUGUCAGCCAUGGAGGAGCUCAUAAAGACGUUCUCUGAGCCCGACACACAGAUCCAUACAGACUUCCGUUUGUUCCUCAGUUCCAUGCCAACAAAGGUUUUUCCGGUUACAGUUCUCCAGAACUCCGUCAAGGUGACUAAUGAGCCUCCUAAAGGCCUGCGAGCCAACAUGCGGCGAGCAUUCACAGAGAUCUCCAGCACUUUCUUUGAGGAUCACACUCUGGGAAGCCAGUGGAGGAAAAUGGUCUUUGGACUCUGCUUUUUUCAUGCAAUCAUCCAGGAAAGAAAGAAGUUUGGUCCCCUGGGCUGGAACAUCCGAUAUGCGUUCAGCGACAGUGACAGAGAAUGUGCUCUUCUCAACUUAAACCUGUACUGUAAACAUGGCACCAUUCCUUGGGAUGCUUUGAUCUAUAUCACUGGUGAAAUCACGUAUGGAGGCCGAGUGACGGAUGCCUGGGACCAACGCUGCCUCCGGACAAUACUCAGAAGGUUUUUUUCACCUGAAAUCCUGCAGCCAGGCUACACCUUCUGUUCCUCAGGUGUUUACUAUGCCCCAGAAAUAGAUGAGCUGGAGCAAUAUAGGAGCUACAUUGAAGGGCUUCCAACCAUCGAUGAUCCUGAGGUGUUUGGGAUGCAUGAGAAUGCCAACCUAGCUUUCCAACGUCAAGAAACCAUGACCCUGAUCAGCACCAUGCUGGACGUUAAUCCGUGCACUGCGGCACGGCACGGAGCGAAGAUUAAUGAUGAUAUGGUCUGCGAACUAGCUGAGUCUAUUCUGGCGAAGCUCCCUGAGAGCUUGGACAUGGAGGCAGCUGUGAACAAACUGUUUGUUCCUGACAAAAAUGGCCGCCUGAACUCCCUCACAACUGUCCUGGGCCAGGAGGCUGAUCGAUUCAAAAACCUACUGAAACUUUUAAGGAUAUCUCUCACCACCCUGCUGAAGGCAAUCGCGGGUGUUGUUGUGAUGACAGAGGAAAUGGACCAAAUCUAUACCAGCUUUUUGAACAACCAAGUUCCCACUCACUGGGCCAACUCUGCCUACCCUUCCCUCAAACCUUUGGCUUCCUGGGUCAGAGACCUGGUCCUCAGAGUCUCCUUCAUCCAGGCUUGGAUCACACGAGGCCAGCCCAAAUCUUUUUGGGUCUCAGGAUUCUUUUUCCCUCAAGGCUUUCUCACUGGAGUGCUGCAGAAUCAUGCCCGACGUUAUAAUUUGCCCAUCGAUGAGCUCAGCUUCCACUUUCACAUUUUGCCGGUGUUCAGGGACGAGACAUCAGUGUGUGAGGCUUUACGAACUCUACCCACUAGGGCCAGGCUGGAUAUGGAUGAAGAGUUACCGGACCCAGACAUUGGUGUGCUUGUACAUGGCAUGUUCAUGGACGCCAGCCGCUGGGAUUGUGUCUCCAUGGCGAUUGAUGAUGCUUUGCCUCGCGUUAUGAACUCCAUGCUGCCGGUGGUGCACUUUGAGCCACGGCAGAACUAUUCGCCUGACCCUGGACUCUACCACGCUCCUCUCUACAAGACCUCCGCCAGAGCAGGGACUCUGUCCACCACCGGCCACUCGUCUAAUUUCGUGGUGACGGUGCUGCUUCCCUCUAAGCGACCCAGCAGUUAUUGGAUAUCAAAAGCCUCUGCACUCCUGUGCCAGCUGGAUGAUUAG